AGGUAUUUAGUAUGUUUUGAGUGAUCCAGUGCUCGGUCUGAUAAAAUUGCGCGAUGGUUGUUAUUAAAAAUAAUAACAAUAGGAUCGUGAACUAAGCGACGAUAGUAAAUGAAAGUGACACGUUAUAUUCGACGAAGAAAAAUAUACGUUUAUUAAUUAUGGAAAAAAUGAAUUCACCGUCCGAUGAGAUUUUAAAACAAGCUAUUACAGAAGUCCAAGAGCCGGUAUUAUUUCAGCAAAUGUUACAAGAUGCAACAGGUGCAUAUAAUUGGAAGUUAUUGGAAUGGAGUUUGGUUGAGCUUGCUGAGAAAUUCGGAGAUAUUAAGUUACCGUUUCGAGUUGGUUAUAACGCUAAAUCUAUGGGGCCUCAAUGGGAGGUGAAUUGCCCAAUUAUUUCAAUGACUCUGUCAGAGUUCAUUCGGAAUGUAGGUCCGAAUGGAAAUGACAAAAGAUGGUAUUAUUUUGACUAUAAAUAUAUGCACGAAUGGUUCAAAGAUAAACCAGAGAUAAUGAGUUCAGUGAGUUGGAAAAGAUUUGGCUUUGAUAAGACAGGAUCCGAGUCCACUCUAUGGAUCGGAAACAAAGGUGCUCAUACAAAUUGUCAUCAAGAUUCUUAUGGUUGUAACUUAAUAGCACAGAUUCAUGGAAAAAAACAGUGGUUGCUGUUUCCCCCGAGUUCGAGUAAUUUUCUGCAUCCGACGAGGGUCCCUUACGAGGAGUCAACAGUUUAUAGUAGAUAUAAUUUUUUCUGCCCCACCGAAGAAGACGAGAUAAACAUAUUAAAAAUACAGCACAAGCCGAAAUUAGUAACUCUCGAGCCAGGGGAUGUAUUAUUAGUACCUGCUGGUUGGUGGCAUUAUGUUGAAUCACUGGAUCUUUCUGUCAGUGUAAAUACAUGGUUACCAAUAAUAACGGACAAUGUAUCACGAGUUAAGGAAGCUAUUGUUAAAUUAAUAGUAGCUAGAAUUGGUGAAAAUGUCUACGAUACAUCUGACAAAGCUCGAUGCAGUUUAUCUUAUUGUAUGAAAUUGCUCAGUGUUGCCCUUAACGAAUGUAAAAACAUGGAAAAUAUAGAAUCUUGUAAAAAAAUGAAAUACACUGCAUGGACAGCAGAAGAUUUAGUAGCACAAUAUCCAAUGUAUGUGAAGUUUCUUUUGGAACCUAAAACAACAGAAUUGGAAGGGUUUUUAAAAACGAAAAGGGAACGAUUUUCUGGAGUCGAUAUCGAUAAGGUAGAAGGAAACUCUUCUAAAACGAACUGUAAUGUUCAGAACAGUAUUUCUUCGUUUCAACAGUUGUCCGACGAUAUUGUCAAUGCGCUUUGUCAUCCUGAUGUUGUUAAUAAAGUGGCAGAUUUGCUCCUAUCGUCAUAAAUAUU